AUGUCUCGUGUCAAGUCAACCCUUGCCCUUGUCGGUGCCUUUGCCGUUAGUGCCCUUGCCCAUGGCAAGGUCGAUGGCUACGUGUUCGACGGCGCAUAUGCCCAGGGCUACAGCCUCGACUAUUACUACCUCAAGCAGAACGGCGGCACUCCCCCCACCAUCGCCGCCUGGUCCGCCGAGAACCUUGACAACGGCUUCGUCGACGGCACCGGCUACGCCAGCGCCGACAUCAACUGCCACAAGAACGCCGCCCCUGGAGGCACCGCCGCCAAGGUCGCGGCCGGCGGCAAGGUCGAGUUCCAGUGGUCCGCCUGGCCCGAGUCGCACUUCGGCCCCGUCCUGACCUACGCCGCCAAGGUCGAUGGCGACUUCGCCUCGGUCGACAAGCUCAAGCUCAAAUGGGUCAAAAUCGACGAGGCCGGGAUCGACAUCGACACCCAGGAGUGGGCCGCCACCAAGCUUAUCAAGAACAAUAACACCUGGACCUCGACCAUCCCCUCGGACCUUGCAGCCGGCAACUACGUCCUCCGCCACGAGAUCAUUGCCAUGCACGCCGCCGGAACCCCGAACGGCGCCCAGAACUACCCCCAGUGCGUCAACGUUGAGAUCACUGGAUCCGGUACCGCCAACCCCGAAGGCACCCUCGGCACGGAGCUGUACAAGGCCACUGACUCUGGCAUCCAGUUCAACCCGUACACCACCAUCUCGGAGUACACCAUCCCCGGCCCCGCGCUUUUCGGCUCCGGUGGCGGCCCCGGCCCUAGUCCUGGCUCCGGUUCCGCCCCUACCCCCAUCACUAAUGGCACGACUCCUGCCAACUCCACCAAGCCUGCCAUCCCGGUCACCUCUGAUAACGCCGACGCCGACGACUGCCCCGCCCAAAAGGCCCGUCGUCACGCUCGCUCCUUCCGUCGUCGUCGCGCCCCCUCUUUCCACUUGUAA